CAGUCAUCCAAAUCAGGACUACAAAAUGGAGCCGCAGGAGAAGAACACGUCUAUUUUUCUAAGAGGUCUCCCUCCUUAUGUCACAGAGGAUGAAGUCCGCGCAGCACUCGAAAAGUUGCCGGGGCCGCAGCCUGUGGGCAUACGUUUCAUUGGGAAAAGAAAAAUCCAAGAUUUCGCCUUCAUGGAGUUUUAUCACUUGCAAGAUUCUACCCAAUGGAUGGAGACCAAUCAGGUUGCCUCAACAAUCACCAAGUUUCAAAUUAUUCUUGGAGAUAAGAGCCUUGAUACCAGUUUAGAGCUGAUAUCUGUUUGUAUUUAGCUAGGGCAUUCAAAACUGUGAUGUCAGAAGUAAAUAUUUUUUAUAUCACACAUGGUUGUUAUCUUGUUUUGUUUAAAAAGUAUACUUUUUCAGCUGCUUUGUUACAUACACCAUGUGAAUUCAUGUUUUAAUCAUUAUAAAUAGAAGAGUAUAAUGAAGAGUAAUAAUAAAGAUCUGAAACUCUGUUGCCCCUCUAAUUCAUGAUUAGAAUUUCUGUUAAAAUGCCAAAAUUGUCUUGUUGAUUUCUGUUUGCCCUGUGGUUUCAUAGAACAUUCUGCUCCAGCUCAGUCACAUGGAUAUUUUCUCAUCUCCAUUUAAAACCUGAAGACUUGGAGUUGAGACAAGAAUGAGCUGGCAGCACUCCGUUCCCUAACACUUAGAACCAUUUGUUUUUAUGAGGAUACGUUUUCCUCGUACACGGUACUGCAUCUCUCUCUCUGAACUUCUCUUUCUGCCUCUGCUCCUUUAGACACUCAACACUGAGCUGCAAGUAACAAGUUGGUGAUCCAGGGGAAAUGCAUUUCAGUCCAGUACAGCAAAAAAGAGCCCAUGUAUAAAAACUGGCUUUGCAAUUCGUGUGGCCUGUGCAAUUUCUGGGAAAGGCUCAGGUGUUUCAAAUGUGGAACAGCAAGAGUUGAUGGAGAGUGCCCUGCAGUAAAUAGUAUAAAUGUGGAGUCUCAACAGGAUAGCGAUUACAAUGGAGACACAUUAAUUAUGAGAAAUAUAGCCCCGAUUUCAACUAUCAAUGGGAUUUUGAACAUAUUGUCCCCGUAUGCUAACCUGUCCGAGAGCAAACUCUGCCUCAUCAGAGACAAGCAUACAGGAAAUCACAAAGGCUUUGGCUUUGUCCAACUCUCAUCUCCCUUGGAGGCUUCUCAGCUGCUCACCGUCCUCCAAAGCCUUCAGCCACCUCUAAAACUGGAUGGAAAAAUAGUUGCUGUGGAUUAUGCCGAGAAUGUUAGAAAAGAUGGAGCACAGCCUGGUGGUGUGCAAGCCAAUGUUAAUUCAGUUGCCAGCACUGCCAUCACUGCCGCCCAGUGGUCAUCCAGCCAGUUACCACCAGGUUCAGAUGCCACCUCUGACUAUUUUCCUCUUCCAGAGGGCUUUUCGCAGCAGUCACAGGAACAGAAUUAUCAGGUGUGGCAGCAGCAGCAGCAGCAGCAGGAAGGAUCGUCUGUUGUCAAUGGAGAUGGCUUGCCUGGAGCUGCUCCAGGAACGAACACUUUGCUCCCUGCAGCCACGGAUGUGGUCAUAUCCCAGACCGCUCAAAUUUACCAACCUGACGUUAUCAGCCAGCUUGCCAUACAGUCGCAUCAUGUAGAGAGGGUGGUUGAUGCAGAGCAGCAGCAGCAGCAGCAGCCUGCAAGUGUUUGCACUGCAUCACUGGCCACACCAGCUGCUUCUUCUGUUGCAACUACAGUUUCUGCCUCCCCAACGGUUAACACGUCAGCUGUCCCUGAUAUGUCCACAUACAAGUAUGACAAGGCUUCAGGUUACUAUCAUGAUCCUGAGACUGGUCUCUACUAUGAUCCCAGCAGCGAAUACUACUACAACCCUGAGACUCAGCAGUUCCUCUACUGGGACGGUGAGAAGCAGACGUACGUCAUGGCGACAGCAGACAUGAUGGCAGAACCAAGUUCAAGCAGUAAAGAGCCCAAAGGAAAAAAGAAGUCAAAAACAAAGUCUGCACAGCAGAUUGCAGAGAACAUGGAACGAUGGACAAAAAAAUUGAAUAGGAAAAAAAAGAAGUCGAAAGAGGAAAACGAGAAAUGGUCUGCAGCUGCUGACGCAGGUUUCUCUCUCUUCGAGAAGAAGCAAACUGGAGAUAUUGAGAUGCCUUCACUCAGGAUCGAACAAUUCAAGAUCCCGGAGCAGGAGACCAAGAGUGACCCGUUUGUUUAUUACAAUGGCAACUAUGACCCAGAGGAGGGCAGCAUGUAUAGAGCAGCGGACGAGGAGGGCAAUAUAACAGACUGGAGGAAUAUAGUUUGCCUGCUGUGUCAACGGCAGUUCCCCACCAAAGAGGCCCUGCUGCGUCACCAGCAGCACUCUGACCUCCACAAGCAAAAUUUGGAGAUUCAGAGACGAACGAGGUUUUCAGUGGCUGAGCUGGGGAGGAGAGAGGCUGAGCUGAAUUACAGAGACAGAGCUGCAGAGAGGAGGGAGAAAUCCAGUUUUUAUGCAGCCACGGGGGAAUUUUGUCAACCUCCAUUAAACUAUGACCAACCCACCAAAGAUGGCCUGACAACCAAUAACAUUGCGAACAAAAUAUUUCCAGCUAUGGGCUGGCAUGAGGGCAGAGGUCUGGGAUACUACCAACAGGAAAUCACUGCUCCUACCUCGGCUUCGUUCAGGACCAUGGGUACCGGCAUGGGUAGUCAGUCAUAUGAACUCUCACCAUACGACACCUACGAGGCUCAUGAGGCCAUGUUUGCAGGCUUCAAUGGGUUCGAGUGAACUGGAGAGAGAUAGGACAUCACACUGAACUGAGACUCUCUACUUUAAUGGCCAAAUGAUCUCACUGUGACUAACUUCUUUCCCUGUACAGAAUUUUUUUUUUUUAUCAUGUUUAUAUGUAUAAAAGGUAGUUUUGUUUAAAAUAGCUUGAUAUUUUGUCACCUAAAAGGUGUGUCCUGAUAAACAUGUCCAUGCAUUAGAAUGUAAGUACAUAUGUUUAUGUGGAUCAGCUUUGGGCUUCUGUUUGUGUGAGAAUCCAAAAGAAUAGUUGUGAUAAUUAAAACUGAUCUCCGUGCUCACUAAUACAUCUGUGAAGUUUUCCUCACUGUGAAACAAAUGUCCCAUUAUGAAGAUCAAAAACAGGACACAAGCAGUCAGGCACAAAAAUACAAUCUUUCCAAAUACCAUUAAAGAAAAAAAAAAGAGUAGAUCAAGAAUACCACAAGAUAAGUGGAUCGUUUCUUAUAUUCCUGCAGGGGGUGAUUGCCUGGAAGAAGAGCAUGGAGGAGCAGGAACUCAGGGUCACACUCAGGCAUCAACACUGACAGGAAGAAGAGCAGAGGAGAGGGAGGG